GAAUAUCCCAUUCCCAUUUUCUAGAAAAUUCCCUUCAUGGAUAUAUAGAGCUGCAGAGAGCGUCCCAGUUAUGCCACCCACUGGAGCCGAGCGAGAGAAGAAGCCCUGAGAACCUGRGCCAGGUGAGGAGUGAAGAAUAACUCUUGUUGUUUCAGGGAGGAACGUGGAGGCUGAACGGACCGCUUCUGCUUGAAGGUUACAGUUCAGCUUUGCAUUCCUCCCUUUUAACCCUGCUGCUUUUUCUCUGCUCUUUUGUGUCAAAGCUUAGCCACCACUUUCAAUCAGAUCAACCCCAGGAAAAGUGUUUGAAGUGAAGUCAGCCUUUUGGAAAAUCUGCUUCAAAAGAGAAACAAAGAGGAGGAAAAAAAGAGAGAGUGUGAUAGAAAAUGUUUCUGUUUCAGCCAGAAGCUGAAAAUGUUCUCGCCUCUUCCCCUGUGCAGAUUACAACAUCCACUUUUUGUCUUUCAGAAUGAAAAUCGCAGACUUGAAAACGUCUCCAGGCUGCUGCAGCUGUGUUUGGAACCAGACAGGAUGUGGAUGAUUAACGUUGUCGCUGUUUGUCUGCUGGCCUUCGCGGCCGCCGCAGASGAAAAGAAGCUGAGCAGCCACGCCACCACGCUGGCUGAAAAGAGUGCCAACCUGGCCUUCAGCCUSUACCAAACCAUGGCGAAGGACAAAACCACGGAGAACAUUGUGGUCUCUCCRGUCGUCGUCGCCUCCUCUUUGGGGUUGGUGGCUCUCGGGGGUAAGGCCUCCACCGCCUCUCAGGUCAAAACCGUCCUCAGUGCCGACAAGCUCAAGGAUGAGCACCUGCACUCGGGCCUGUCGGAGCUCCUCUCCGAGGUGAGUGAUGCRAAGACCCGCAACUCAACCUGGAAGAUCAACAACCGCCUCUACGGGCCCAGCUCCGUCUCCUUCGCCGACGACUUCGUGAAGAGCAGCAAGAAGCACUACAACUACGACCACUCCAAGAUCAACCUCAGGGACAAGAGGAGCGCAGUGAACUCCAUCAACGAGUGGGCGGCCAAGUCCACGGACGGCAAGCUGCCCGAGGUCACCAAGGACGUGGAGAACCCGGACGGCGCCAUGAUCGUCAACGCCAUGUUCUUCAAGCCUCACUGGGACGAGAAAUUCCACGAAAAAAUGGUCGACAACCGAGGUUUCCUGGUGACCCGCUCCUUUACAGUGGGAGUUCCCAUGAUGCACCGCACAGGUCUCUACGACUUCCUCGAGGACAAAGAGAACCAGCUCUACGUGCUGAACAUGCCUCUGGGCCAGAAGCAGGCCUCCAUGAUCCUUAUCAUGCCGUACCACCUGGAGCCUCUGGAGCGCCUGGAGAAGCUGCUGACAAGGAAGCAGGUGGACACCUGGCUCAGCAAGAUGGAGAACAAAGCCGUGGCUAUCUCCCUUCCCAAAAUCUCCGUCGAAGUCAGCCACAACCUGCAGAAAUACCUGGCUGAACUCGGCCUGACUGAGGCUGUGGACAAGUCCAAGGCUGACCUGUCCAACAUCUCCGGGAAGAAGGACCUGUACCUGUCCAACGUCUUCCACGCGUCGGCCCUGGAGCUGAGCAUCGAGGGAAACCCGUACGACACCAGCAUCUUCGGCACAGAGAAGCUGCGGAACCCCAAACUUUUCUACGUGGACCACCCCUUCAUUUUCCUGGUGAAAGACAACAAGACCAACUCCAUCCUGUACAUCGGCAGGGUGGUUAGACCGAAGGGAGACAAGAUGCGCGAUGAGCUAUAAUGUUAAAGAAUGGUGCUGGGUAGAUUUUAAACUUGUGAAACCAUGGCAGGAAACUGUWUGUGUGUGUGUGUGUGUUGGUGUGUUUUUAUUGGUGUGACUGUUACCUCAAGAGCACUUCCAAUAGACAAUCUGUGGACUGGAUAUCUGAGUACAAAAAUUCAAAGGCGAUUUGUAGACAUUUUAAAUUUUCGACUCCAUAGACCAACAUCAGUCGGCGUACAUGCUUAUAUUAAGCGUGGUUUGUUUUGUAUUUAACAUCUUAUUUUGCCGGUGUUGGUCCUACCGAGACCCAUGUGCGUUUUCUUCCACUAUCUUUAAUGUUUAAAGAAAGAAAAAAAGAUCUUUGCACAAGCUUUGUUUUCACAGAUUCCUGUUCAUUUUGCCUCCGUUUUGCACUGAGCUGUUCCUCGGCUCCAGCUGAGCUUGCAGUGAAAAGGUGGUAAAUAUCUGGUCCUACUUGUGCUCUCUGUCCAUUCAUGAUUUGUCAUUGUGUUGCUGUAGGUGACUUUUUUUUGUUUUUGUUUUGUUUUCCGCAGAGCAGCUGUUCAGACUGUGUGAUUAUGUUAUAGUAUGUGAAUAUUUGUUUCUCAAUAAAUUAAUUUUAAAAAGA